AUGGGGGUGGGGGGGGUUAUAGGAGGGAUGGUGGUGUGUUGGGAUGGGGGUUUAAGUUGUGGGGGUUGGUGGGGGGAUGAGGGGUGUUAUGAGUGUGGUGGGGGGUUUAGUGUUUUGAUGGGUUGUGGGUUUGAGGGGGGUGAUGGUGUUGAGUUGGUGUUUGGUGGGGGUGGUUUGGGGGGGGGGUUUGAGUGUUUGUUAGUUGGGGGGGUUAUUGAGUUAUGGUUGGGUGUAGGGGGGGAAUGGGGUUGUGUGGUUGGGGGGGGAUUUGUAGGGGGGGAGGUGGGUGGGGUAGUGGUAUUGGUGGGAAAGGGGUGGUUGUUGGGGGUGGGUGGUUGUUGUUGGGUUUGGGUGGUGUGA